AUGGCCCACUGGAAAGAGGAGUACUCCGCCGCGCUGGCGGCUCGUGAUCGACGAGAGAAAGCCAGCAUAGCUAUUUACGAUGCUUAUACCAAACUGGCCGAUCGCACGGUUCAGGGAGCAGCGGCUAGCAACCCACCGAGCUCAGAUCCGGUUGAAGCACAGCAUGUGCCAUCCGACACUUUAGCAUCCCGCUCCAGCAAGGCGCCAUCAGGAGCAGGAGCACAAGACCCAUCUCUACAAGAGACUCUCCUAGCAACACGUGCAGACCUGGCUGAGGCGCAGCGGUCACGCUCCGAACUGCAGGACCAGCUCACACGCAUGACCGCUGACUUGGAGAAGCUGCGGAAGAGAAGCACUCAGGAUAGCAGACGGAUUCGCUUAUUUGAAAAUGAGAUCGCCCAUCUUCAACUACGCUUAAAGGAUCGAGAUGAGGAAUUGCGCGGGAAGGCAAAGUUAUUGGAGGAUUUCCAAGACGAGCUGGCAUCGUUGAACCUUCAACUGAAUAUGGCUGAAGAGCGGUCAUCCCGGCUGCAGAAGGAGAACCAAGAUCUUGUUGAUCGCUGGAUGGAUAGAAUGGGUAAGGAAGCAGAAGCCUUGAACGAUGCCUCUAAAUUUUCAUAG